CACCAAGGAAAAACUUUGUUCAUACUAGCUUGUCACAGUAAAACGGAAUAUUGGAUAACGACCUUCAUAACUGGGAAUAUAUUCAGUUACGUACGUUACGGUGAAUAAAAUGGGCGAGAAAUCUGUAAAGAAAUUUCAUGGUCUUAAAAGAAAGCUAAGUGAGGGCUCCAAGCCGAAGGUGUCAACCAAAAAGCCCAAGUUAUUACCUUCAAUUAGAUUAUCCGACCAGCCCCCUGCACGUAAACCACAAUGGACAAAUAGAGAGCGUGUCCUCAUUAUCUCAUCGAGAGGCGUUUCCUACAUAGGCCGGCACUUGUUGAAGGAUUUAUUACACAUGAUGCCCCAUGGAAAGACAGAUUCAAAACUUGAUCACAAGAAAGGAAUAACGGUACUAAACGAACUCGCUGAAAUGAGCAACACUAACAAGGUUAUUUACUUUGAGGCUCGCAAGAAAAAAGACCUAUACUUGUGGCUUAGUUGUGUACCCAAUGGUCCAUCAGUUAAAUUUCUUGUUGAAAAUAUACGUACUACAGCAGAAUUAAAGUUAACAGGAAAUUGUUUGAAAAGCAGUCGCCCUAUACUGGCCUUCGAUCCAUCUUUCGAAGAAUCCGAUAAACCUCACAUGAACUUGAUCCGUGAAUUGUUUAUACAAACUCUUGGCACUCCAAAUCAUCAUCCACGUUCUCAGCCAUAUAUAGACAAGACAUUUACGUUUGUUAACUUUAAUGAUCGUAUAUGGUUUAGAGUUUAUCAGAUUGCUGAGGAAAGUGGAGCACUAGUCGAAGUUGGUAAGUAUGCAUUACAUAUGCUUAUUUCGGAAGCUUUUUUUACAACGAGAAACAAUAACAUAGUAGUCAUUUGACUGUAAAUGUUAAAUGGCUCGUGAUGCAUUUAAUGUAAUCAGUUUAAAGUUAUAGCUCUAGUUUAGGUACCAGAUUUUCCGGGCCUAGCUACUGCUUCACCUAAAACUAUUUAAUGAAAGUAACUUACUGGUCACUACCGUACUAAGUAUACGGCAAAAUUCUAGAUACUGUAUGCAUAUAAUACACUGGGUUAGGUUGGCAGUAAUAUAGAAUUCUCGUAAACCACUUCAAUAUUACUUGCCGAUCAUGCAAUUCUUUUCCGACUAUAAUAAUAAUAAGGGAAUGGUCAUUUACUGUUUUUCUAUGACUCAUUUGUCUUAUUGGUGUAAGUCCAAGCCUGUAAAACUCAAAUUUUCACUUCAAUUUUUACAACUGGUUAGCUUACUAAACUGUUAGUCAUGUAUAAAAAAAUAGAUGUAUUAGGAUUCGAGCUUAUAAAUCAGUAAUUGCAUACUCAGUACCUCGAUCAACGUCAUAAUUCUGUGCUUAAAAACAAUUGUAAACUACAGUAGAACGUAAAUCUAAAAUAAUCAAUAAUACUGAGUGUCAGUCAAAAUAAUACUUCUCGUAAUUGCAGCUCAUCAUACCUGGUAUAGACUGCUAAUUCCCUUAGCUAUUAGCUGCGUAUGGGUUGCUAAUUGUAGGUCUAAUAAUAUACUAAUUAUCUAGGAAAUAUUUAUCAGCAGCGUCCUGAUGUAUAAUAUGUAGGUUAACAUUUACCCACGGAUUUCUCAUUCUAGCAUCAACUACUGUAAUUAGCCUGCGUUCUGUCUCAGUUUUUGGGCUAAAAUUUCCUUUGGUUAAAGUAACUGAAACUCAUUGUUUAAAGUACUAACAUUUGAAAUUUUCCAUUGACAACGUUUUCAUCAUAAUCCUAAGUUACUUCAACCAGAAUACAUGAAGAGUAAUUCACGUCCAUUGCAGUAUGUUUUAUGUUAAUUUUUUCGAGUCCAAGACCUCAUAAAAACUGACAACUUUAUAGAUAAUCUUACCUACGUAUUCUUAAUUUCCUAUUACUCUCUUAUACGAGUUUUUGUUAAGCACUUCAUAUUCACUUUCCAACCACCUAAUCUUGAAGUAAAAUUUCAUCCCACUCACUUAGGCUAAAUUUUCGGGGCAUUACGGUCAUUUAUAAAACAAUACAUGGCUGGCACCCUAGACUAUGGUACAAUUGACUUAUUUCGUUAGGGUAACAAAUUGAUAAGGAGUUAUAUAUGCCGAAAUUUCAUUACUAAUCAUUGUUUUUUAGGUCCACGCUUUUCACUAAACCCAAUACGUAUAUUUUCUGGAAGCUUUUGUGGUGCAGUACUGUAUUCUAAUCCAAAAUACAUUUCUCCUAAUUUAGUAAGUUAUUUAAAUUACUCUUUGUUCUUUUGAUUUGAUCUUUUUUUUACAUUUUUUGAACACAUCUGUCAUAAAUUAUUCACUGCUCUUCAUGAUCAGAAUAAUUAUAUGAGUUACGGGCUGUCUUGUGAAAUAAAACUAACUCAUAUAUGUAGCUCAGUGUAUCUUUCUGUCUUAUAGUCGUAUCCGCAGUGAGUUCUCUGAUAUGUAGUAAACUUUUCAGUUGACAUGAAUCGAUCACAGUCCACAUUGGAUUGACCCACAUGUACUGUCGUAGUUGUAGCAUAAACCGUGUCUACUUCGUUACGCUAUGUUAUCACGUAAAUGUGAUGGAAAGUGGGCAACAUAGCAUCACUCUGUAAAGUCAUUAACUAUUAGCUUGAACUGUGUAGUAAGUUGUGAAAUUCCUAUCUCGAGUCUAUGAAGUGAUCGAAAUCCUUGAUUAAAGUAUAUAGUAAUAUAGCUCGUAAUUGGUCACACUGAUACUAAUGAGAUCAUUCUGUAUCUUUUUCUGAACAUUUUCAGUCAGUCAAACACCACGUAAAAUCUAUCACAUAUGUGCUUCGGUUUAAGUUACCUUACCACCUUAGCAUAGCGAGGUUAAAUUCACAAGUUACAGAAUUCUGGAAAAAGUAACAAUACUAGUGGUACUAAAAAAGAUUAGGCAUAGGAUAUAUGGUUUUCAAAUAAAAUACGAACUCCUGGAAUAAUAAAAAAUUUAUAAACUUAGGAUCUAAGAGGAGAUAGAGAACGAAUGCACUCAAAACAUUGUGAAUGAUUUCAGGCCAUUUCAACCAGCAUAUCCAACCACUGGUUACGAAAAUGGCGCAGACUUCAACCAGGUGGUCUAUACCUACCUACACUUCUCGGUCCAAGAGUUAGUGGCUUUAUAGACUGAUGAUACAUUUUUCGUUUGGUCGCUCCUAGUCUUGCUCUACCCUACUCCUACGCCAACCAUCAUCCCGCACCAAAAUUGUCAGUAAUUAGACAUACGUAAUGUAUAUCCCAACCAUCUCAGUCAAUAAAUAUUUACCACCUCACCAUUGAUUUGCCAUCCGCACUCAGCAGCUUGCGUGUAACCUCAGCGUUCUUCACUCGGUGUUCCCAAAAUACACAUGUAGUUCUCCAGAGGCAUUUAUUUUAUUAUCCCCUACUUUUUAUCUCUUAGUUUUAUUCUCUUUCAACCUAUUCCUUUUGAUAUGCUGAUAACAAUUCGGUUUAGUUUCUCACUACUGUUACGAUUAUUAUUUCCACUACAUUCUUCCCCACUAAUAUGUCACUACUAAAGUAAGUCGUGUCAAUUUAAACAGAUAAACUUUGAAAAUAAACUCACUUAUUUAGAUAUCCAUCCACUUUCAUAUGAGUAACAAAGCGAAGGAGAGUAGUGUUUGGCGAUUCAAACUCAUUUGAUGGAGAAGUGGUCCAGUCGUUAAUACUUUUGACUUUCGACAUUACACCUACUUCAGUUUGUCUAGACUAGUAGUAUCUCUAGCCCUCACAUCUAGAGUGUGACGCAAAACCAAUUAAAUGAAUCUGUACCUGAUAAACGAGCUAAAUAAAUAAAGUACCAUUUCUUCAUUGACAUCUAAUAAUUAAAUCGUCUACAGUUGCACUGAAUCGACGAAAUGCACGUAUAUGUAAGUAUUUCACUAAAUAUAAAGAAAGACUCACUACAUUAUUGAUGGCUAGUUGUUAAGUCCCCUUAUAUCUGUUUAGCUGUAUCAUUACGUGCAAAAGAUAUUACAACCCUUUAUGCAAUCACCUUUACGGUUUUACAUGCUGACCUAGACCCCUUCAACAUCGUCGCACUAAUCCAUAGAUAAAAAACCUCAAUCAAGUCGAAAAAUGUUUGACAUGUCCACUUUCAACCUCAACUCGACUCUAUUAAGGAUUUCCGCCACUGCCUUUUCUGUCCAAAUUUUUCGGUGUUAAAAAGGAGGUGACGUUGUUUAUUUCAAACGUUUCUGAAAUCAAAUCGUUGAUUAUAUCUCGAGUCUACUUAAGGUAGACAAAUGAUAAAGUGGUCCUAUCAGACAAAUGCUCUAUCAAAAUGUAAAGUAUUUUGAAGGUCUUUAAUGAAAAUCUUGUAAUGCUUAAUAUGUGACUUGCAAUUAUCCGAUAAUGUGAUUAUGCUUCGAAACAUCUAUACACUGACAACUAAUUGAGUCACAGUCUGUGAAUUGACUGGUAGUACGGAUCUUUUUUUAUAUUUCUAAAAAACUAUAAGUUUGACUUAACAAUUUAACUUUACUAAAUUGGGUCUGUUUGAUACCCAAAUAUCUCCAUACAUUCAUUUUUAUGGGAUUGAUGUAAUUAUUAAAAACCGAUGACAGUGAUAAUAAUUCGGGUUUUCAUAACGUUAUAACCUUUUUUCGAAUAGCAAAUCAUUUUCUUGAGGUAGGUAUAAACGCUUUUUUACCUAAAUUCUUUUAUUACACACUUUUGUAUUACUUUUGUUGGUUAUUCAGUAGUAUAAAUUUGCGAAACGCAAUUUUGUUCUCCCCAUUUUUUCAGAUUCGAAGUACUCUUUUGUCUAAUAAACAUGGCAAAUACAUAGAACGUACACAUAAUAAAACGGAAACACGGAAGCGUAAAAAAGAAUUAAAAGAAAUUUACCCAGUUGAUGAAUUAGAUGAAAUAUUUGAAUAAAUUUGUUAUUCUAUUUCG